AUGCCGCAGAAUCUCGCAUUCCUCUUCACCAAGAUCACGCCGGAACAGAUGAUUUACAUGUGGAACGUAUUAACGGCAAUCUUUUUCACCCAAGUGCUGAUGGUGAUCGGCUACUGUGCAGCUUUGGCUUGCUUCCCGGACUUCUGGUGGACCUGCACUCUGUGCUUCGGCAUCCCAUUCGCGUACAUCGCCAUCCAGAACAUUUACAUUGAUCACGAUGUGAUGCACGGAGCCACUUUCCCGGUGUACGAGUGGCAGCGCUUCCUUACUCACCCCUUUGCGGACUUUUUUUCUUUGCCUUGGGAGGAGUUUGUCCUGGAGCACAACAGGCAUCAUGCCUCGACCGUUGACCUGCUGAUCCAGGGCGAGUUCGGCUGGGACCCCGAGGUGAUCCACUUCUUUGGCCUGAACGAUACCGGCUCGCUCUUCGCCUUGGAGUGGUGGAUGCACUUCCCCGACGAGGGCGCAGGUGGCAAGUGCAACAAGGAGUUCUGGAGCAAGUGGGUUCCACGCCGCAUCAAGCACAACGCCUUCGUGCUCGCCCUGUGGACCUGCGUGUGGAUGCUGGGCACCUACCCUCUGGGACGCCCCCUGAGCGAAGGCUGGCGGUUCAUGUUCACCGUGUCCUUCUUCGCUCGCGUCGGCUACUCGGCGGCUUGGAUGUUCAUCACCAACUUCAC